AUGGCAGAACCUCCAGCAAAAUGUCGACGGCUCUCGGGAGGCCAAGCGGGUGCCAUUCCUCAUCGGACACUUGCGUCUCUGACACAUCCCAUCAGCCCGCCACGGAAGAAGACCGUAGCCGCUGUUCCCAACCGAAAACUGCUUCCGUCACCCUUCCGGCUUACGACAAUACGAGACCUGUCGCCCGCGGCAAACGUCGGUGCUGUCAGCCUCAACGACCUGUUAGGAGACCCACUUAUCUCUGAGUGUUGGGAAUUCAACUACCUUCAUGACAUUGACUUCUUAAUGAACCAGUUUGAUGAAGAUACCAGAACGCUGGUGAAGGUUCACGUCGUUCAUGGCUUCUGGAAGCACGAUGAUGCAAAUAGGCAGGAUCAAGCUGCGCAGUAUGACAAUGUCAAUCUACACGUUGCCUUCAUGCCGGAGAUGUUCGGAACACAUCAUACAAAAAUGAUGGUCUUGUUCCGCCACGAUGACACGGCACAAGUAAUCAUUCAUACAGCGAACAUGAUUGCCAAAGACUGGACUAACAUGACAAAUGCCGUAUGGCAGUCUCCGUCCCUCCCUCGACUGAGCCUCGGUAUUCAUGAAUCUGCUGCUGAAAGGAUAGAGAUAGGAAGUGGCGUCAAGUUCAAAGCAGACCUCCUCAGUUACCUACGCGCAUAUAACACCAAACGAAGCAUAUGCACACCUCUAGUUGACGAACUAACCAAAUUCGACUUCUCGGCCGUUUGCGGAUCAUUGGUCGCAAGCGUGCCAGGCCGGCAUGAUGUCGAAGAUAAUCCGAAUCAAACCCGUUGGGGGUGGGCAGCACUGAAACAAGCUCUGAGAACUGUGCCGGUCCAGCCGGGUAAAUCCGGCGUUGUAGUCCAGGUGUCGUCCAUUGCUACGCUUGGUGCCACAGACAGUUGGCUGCAACGCACUCUGUUCAAUUCUUUGUCACCCCUGAAGUCAACUCCUGAGCCGGAGUUCAAGGUCGUCUUCCCAACUGCCGACGAGAUACGCCGCUCGUUAGACGGGUAUGCUUCGGGUGGCUCCAUCCACACCAAGAUCCAAUCCGCGCAACAGCAGAAGCAACUAGAGUACUUACGGCCCAUGUUCUGCCAUUGGGCCAAUGACACAGAACGUGGCAUUGACACCGAUCCCAGGGGGGUGCGGCGAGAUGCCGGUAGACAAAGAGCUGCUCCCCACAUCAAGACGUAUAUACGAUACGGCGAGAAGUCUAUCGACUGGGCACUCCUGACAUCAGCCAACAUCUCGAAGCAAGCGUGGGGAGAAGCUGCUACCGGGUCGGGGCAGCUCCGCAUUUCGUCGUGGGAAAUCGGCGUCCUCGUGUGGCCGGCGCUUCUGGCAAAUGACCCUAAGGCGAAAAUGGUUGGCACAUUUAAGACGAACUGGCCUGCCGAGGAGCAGCUUGAUGAGGGCGGACCCAUCGUUGGCCUGAGGGUUCCAUACAACUUGCCUCUCCGAAGCUAUGACCAAAGCGAAGAGCCGUGGGUGGCAACGGCGACGUAUACCGAGCCUGAUUGGCAGGGCAACACUUGGGAGCCGGGCCAAGGUUAG